UUAGCUAGCCAGAGAGCGAGUAGCUCCUUGCUGGUAUAAGAAUGUUAAUGCAAACUCAGCAGUGAAGGAGCAAUAUACAUCAACUCAUAGCCAGAGCUGCAAUUGCUUCUUGAAAAUGGAAAAAAACGUUCAUGCACCUAGACCAACAGAACAAUUGAAAGUGCUAGGAAGGAAUUCCCCUCAUGAAGACUCCAGGACAAGAAGAUUUCUUACAGGAUGAUACUCGUGCGAUGAAUGCAAUUUUAAUCUGGAUUUAGCAUGCGCUUCUUCAACUAAUGAUCUAUUACUUGAAGAGAAGUGGCAGAGACUUAAAGACGGCAAGAAAAAGGAAAUUCAACAUUACUGCCACCUUCACAAGCUGGCCAUCUUCAAAUAUAGGAAGAUAAGAGCAGAUGACUACAAUUGUAGUUGGUGUGGAAAGCGUCUAUCAGAAGUGUGCUAUGGCUGUGUAAAAUGUAAGUUCUUCCUUCAUGAGUUGUGUGGGGAUAAGGUACAGAGAACACUUUAUCAUCCUUUUCAUCCUUCGCACCCUCUUCGCUUGCACUCCAUAUUCGGCAGCCCUUGCAAUGCUUGUGGAAAAUAUUCUUAUGGUACAGGAGGUUAUGGGACUGCUAACUAUUGCUGCCUAAUAUGCAGCUUUUUCCUUCAUUUUCACUGCGCUAAACUCUUACCCACCCUUAGAGCAAAGUGUCACGACCACCCUCUCACUUAUUUCAAUAUCAUGAGAUACGAUUGGGAAAGUUUCAAUAUCAUGAGUUACGACUGGAGAAGUCCUUUUCGUUGUCAUGUCUGUAAAGAGUUUUGCGGUGAUAAUUUCUACCGUUGUGUGCAAUGCGAUUUCAGCGUCCAUCUUUGUUGUGUUCCAAUACCAUCUUCAAUUAAACAUAGAUAUCACAGGCAUCCACUCACUCAUAUGGACAAGAUUAAAGAAGAUGAUUCUGGAGAAUAUUAUUGUGAUGUUUGUGAGAAUGAAAGGAAUCCAAUGAAUCAUGUUUAUUGUUGUGAAGAAUGCACAUUUACUGCUCAUGCUGAUUGUGUCCUCAAUGAGGAUAAAAUUUCAUCUGAGAAGGACGUCUCAUCCUCGGUUCCUCAAUCCAUUUAUAGUAACACUUUGUUAGUGGACGAAAUGGAGCAUAAUGAAGUGAUUGAUGCCAUCCACACUCCUCGGCAACUUCUGAAUAAAUUUAUCUUCCAUGAACACUCCAUGAGAUUCUAUGAAGUUACUGAAAAGUUAAAGGAAAAUCAAUACUGCGAAGCUUGUCGUAUGGUAAUUAGCGGUCCUUAUUACAUGUGUGAAACAUGCACAGAUGAUACAAUCAAAUUUCAAAAUCCAAAUCCAUGGUACUACCUACAUGAAAAAUGCGCUACAUUACCACUUGAGAUACAAUUCCCUUUUCAUUCCAGCCAUCGUCUUGGCCUCUAUAAUUCUCAUUUCCCUAACAUUAUAUGUGAUGAGUGUAGAGAGGUAUGUUUUGGCUUCUUUUAUAGUUGUAAUGAGUGUGAUUUCAAGCUCGAUGUGAAAUGUGCUGCUCUAACAGCUCAUAAAACUGGUGUUUCGCAACUUAAAGAGAUGGAGAAAGUGGUCGAGUUACACCAUUUCACACACCCACAUAAGCUUGUCCUUGUCAAUUUUAUUGACCCUUCAUGGACAGCAAAUUGUCUCGUUUGCGGCGCGCGAAGCUUUGGUCUAGUCUAUGUUUGCCCCAACAGCAACUGCACCUAUCAAGCUCAUAAAUCUUGUCUUGAAUUACCACAAAAGAUUCAAGUCCCAUUUCAUUUGGAACACAUGUUGACUUUUUUCAGACCAGAGAAAUUAUAUGACUGCUAUGCUUGCCAUUUGUGGAUGCACCGUUUUAUAUAUAGUUGUGAACAAUGUGACCUUAAACUCCAUCCUUCAUGUGCCAAUUCAUUAAGGCGGCCUCUAAACUGUGUAUCCCACGUGCACAAUCUUUAUUAUUUUGGGACAAAUUUUCAGCUACACUUUGGAACAUAUAGUGAGCGUCCCUUUUGUCGUGUAUGUGAGAAAGAUUGUACAGGAGCCUUUAUUCGUUGUCUAGAAUGUGCCAUCAAUUUUCACUUGGAUUGUGUACCCAUACCUCGUAUUGUUCACUCCAAACGCCAUGUUCAUCAUUUAAGUAUGAAGGAUUCAUUUCUUGAAGAUGAUUCAGGAGAGUUUUACUGCGAUAUUUGUGAGAAAAAAAGAUGUCCAAAUGAUCAUGUAUAUUAUUGUGAAGAAUGCAACGGUUUAUUUGCCGUUCAUGUAGAAUGCGUGCUUACUAAGCAGGUUGAAGAUUAUACAACAGUACUUAUGCAAUCCCAAUAGGUUUGGAGUUAGACUUUGAGAAGAACUCUGCCCAGAGGAAGACAGAAAGAAUUGCUGAGAAAUUGCAGAGAAAAAUAAGAGAAUUGAAAAGGCAAAGGCAAAGUAUCAGAAGCUCCUUACACAGAGAUUGAAGGAGCAGAAAGAAUGUUGUAUGGAGGGGUUGUUCUCUUCUUCUGACCAAUCCUGUUGCCCUGAUUGUGGAGACUGGUUUUAAGCCAUGAGUUUCGUCCGCUGUGAAUGGCUAUGCUGCUGCUGUUCGUUUCUGUUGGUGGAAAGUUAUGUUGUUACUCGUUUAAGUUGUGUUGUAUCUCGUUUGGAUUAAUAAAAUCUCCAGUUUGAUCAA